AGUGUACUGUGUGAUGUGUAGUAGAGUAGAAGGGCCUCAGCAAGAUCAGCAGACACUCAGCCAAUCACCAAAAAUAUCUCUCUCCUCUCUCUUCUCCUCUUCUCUUCUCCUCCCCUCUCCAACCCCUCUCAACUCAGAGCAAUCUCUCUCUCUCUCUCUCUCUCUCUCUCUGCAUCCCUCGCCAUCGUACUGCUGUCUCUUUGAAUCUCUCAACACCAAUAUCGUCUUCAAAACACGGUCUUGGGCGAUAGUAUUUCCUUCUCUUGGUUCUCAUCCUACCUGCUAAUUCACCCCGGCCGAGAAACUUCAUCUGGGUUUUCUUCCUUUUCGCUAAAGUUGCUUGCUUUGGCGUCCUGGAAUGAUGGGUCGCAUCCGAAAGAGGGUGGCGAGUCUUGUCUCGUAUCGGAAACAUCCUGUGUCCCCAUGAAAUUCCUUGAUUGGAGUCUUUGAAUUAUGGGUAGAGGCAGAGGAAAGGGAAAGAGAUCAGCUUCUAGCAGUCAUGAGGAUCCUGGAAGUGGUGAGGAAGAGAAAAUUCCAGCACAGAAGAGAAGGGGAAGGCCACAAAAGCUUUUCAAAGAUGAAGUUGAUGAGGAAGAUGUUAAAAAAGUAGAUGGGGAAGAUGGAGAGAAUGGAAAAGACAGUAUUGUAAGUAAGGGAACAACAAGUCCUGUUGCAGCAGAGAAUGGGAAGAAGAGGAGACGAACUUCGCUGUCAAAAGAGAAAUCAGAUAUCACGAAAGAGGAAAAUGGUGUCGGAGCCAGAUCAAAUGUGGAGGACUCAGCCAAGUCCAAUGGGUUUCGGCACAAUGGCAGCAGAAGGAAAAGCAAGCCUCGUCGGGCUGCUGAAGCGGGUGUCGAAUGCAAAUGAACCUGCAUGUGGCGUUUGAUGCAUCCUCCUCUUUCCAGUACCUGGUGAAAAAUGAAAUAGGAAGUGAGGCCUUAAGGGAAUUUUAUUUCAUGUUCUCUUUUAUUUUCUGUUUUGCUCGUUGGUGAUUCCGCAUCUUUGAUCCUAUUUGAUUUUGGUAAGUGCUUAUGAAACUAAUUAUCCUGGACAUGUUAUUUCUGUUAAUGCCAUUUAACAUUUUUCCCAACCUUUGUCCUCUAUGAUCGUAUUAUGAAAAUUUUUCUUCUUUAUGUUGGGGCGAUCUGGUGGCCUUGGAAUAGGACAAUCGUAAUCAGACUUAUGGGUCUUUGACAUAUGGUUCUGAUAAUCUUCUAUUUGCUUA